UGACAUUUUCAAAUAAUAUUUCUUUGCGUGAUUCGUUACGUUUUAGCUUGGAUUUUCCGUAUUUUUUAUAAAAAAUGCAUACUAAUCUUUAUUUAAUUUCAUGAAUUUGUUGUCAAUAAUAUUACAGUAGGUUAUAAGAACAAAAAUGGCAAGUAAACAUCAGCAAGGAUCUAAUGUUACAGCGCAAAAUCAGUUAAUACAAUGGAUAAACGAGGCUGGAAUGUCCGAGGGCAAGAAAAAGGCGAAUCUUUUGCGGAAAAUUAUCGAAGUUUUGUUACACCAAGUACCUACCAUGGUACCAGUUUACAUGGAAAACAUCUUAAGUUUUGUCAGCGAUAAGUCUCCUGAGGUUAAAAAACUGGUUGUUGGCUUCAUUGAGGAGCUGAGCAAAUCACACCAAAACUGUCUACCUAAAAUAAUAACACAGCUGCAGCUGUUAGUGAUAGAUCCAAUCAUAGCUGUGCAGAAGAGGGCUAUUCAAGCUGCAAGCUUAGUGUACAGGAAUGUUCUGCUGUGGAUCUACAAAGGCACAGCUGAUGUAUCUGACAAGCAAUAUGUGUGGGAACAGCUUGCUAAGUUAAAGCUCCUAAUUUUAAAUAUGAUUGAUAGCGACAAUGAAGGUAUACGGACGUUUUCUAUCAAGUUUCUUGAAGAGAUGGUUGUGUUACAAAGUGCAGACCCUUCCAAAAAUUCAGACGAUGUCUUGAGUCUUGAUCGUUUGCCAACCAAUUUGCCUUUCCUCAAAAGAAAAGCUAUGGAAGAGGAAUCUGAGCAUAUUUUUCAACUGCUCCUCAAAUUUCACAACUCUCAACACAUAUCAAGCAAUAACCUCAUGGCUUGUAUGACAACUUUGUGUAUAAUUGCCAAACUGAGGCCCAAGUAUUUGCCAAACAUCAUCCAAGCAUUGGGAGACCUCCACACAACAUUACCACCAACUUUAUCACAGUCCCAAGUGAAUUCUGUUCGCAAACAUUUGAAGAUGCAACUGUUGAUAUUGGUCAAACAUCCCGCUGCUGGUGACGUAAUGCCUCAGCUCACUCAAUUGCUCCUAGACAUAGGAAUGACUCCACAAGAAAUAAAUAAAGUAUUACCUAAGGAAAGGAGGAAUAAGCGUUUGGGGGAGAUCAAGAAUGGAGAUACUCCAGCCAAAAGAGUUAGAAUAGAUUCACCUCAAAGCGCUCCGGGAAGUGACAGUAACAGUAAUAGUCGAAGUGAUUUCAACAUUUUUGAUGAAGACAGUAACCAAACUACUGUACCUCCUUUACCUACUUCACCAGUUUUAACAACUAAAGCCACAGCAACAGAAGACUCUAUAUUUGAUGGAUUGAACAACGUAGAAAACGUUGUUAACCUAGUAAUGGCAACAUUACUAAAUAAUUUACCAAUCACCAUGCCAGACUUUUUCAUGACUGAAUAUAAACCCAUACCUAAUUCAGGAACAAAAGUUCAGAAGCGAAGUCUGGCGAAAAUGAUGCUUGCGUUAGUAAAAGAUGAACAACCUCCGAUGAUCAGUACUGCCAAUAUCGUUCCACCAACAUUUGAUUCAGAAGCCAAAAUACCUUUACUAAGAGAUGAUGACGAAAAAUUAACGCUCAAAAACGCUGUAGCGAAACUCCAGGAAUCAACCAAAGCUGAUAAGCAAAUGGAAAAUGCUGUAUCCAAACUCAUGGAAGAAACGAGACAAGAACAUCUGAAAGAAGAGGAAAGAAAGACUAAGGAAAAGGAGAAGUUAAUUCCUCCACCAACACCGACAGUCCCAAAGUUAAAGCAAAAAGUCAAAUUGCUCAAACUGCAGGAAUUAACGCGUCCAAUACCAAAAGAGAUCAAAGAAAAGUUGAUCUUACAAGCGGUUGAAAGAAUUCUAAGAGCAGAGAAAGAGAGUAUUAUUGGUGGAGCUGCACAAAUUCGCUCGAAAUUUAUUACGAUCUUCGCAUCGAGUUACACUCUCGAGAUACGGGAUUUGGUUCUCAACUACAUAUUGGAAGAUCCGUUGAAUAGGAUGGACUUGGCAUUAUCGUGGCUGUAUGAAGAGUAUGCUUUCAUGCAAGGUUUUAACCGGCAUCCUGUAACUCUGCAGCCAAAACUACACGAGAAACACGACGAGAAUUACAAUCAAUUGCUUUGUGCUUUAAUUACCCAAGUUGCGGAACGGGGUGACCCGAUAAUGGAGGCUAGCAAGGAUGUGUUGCUGAGGAAGAUUUACUUAGAAGCGCCCGUGGUGACGGACGAGGCUGUUGAAUAUUUGAAGCAUUUGGUCACGGAGGAGAAGUCUGCGUUCUUAGCUUUGGAAAUGUUGGAAGAGUUGUGUAUUAUGAGACCGCCGAGGGCACAUAAAUAUGUAGCCGCGUUGGUUUGCCAUGUCUUGAGUGAAAACGAAGAGAUCCGCGACAUAGCGUUAAAAACAUCGAUAAAGAUCUACAAGCGUAGCACGGACGCUACGAGGAAGGUCAUAAACAAGCACGCUCUACUGUACCUCGGCUUCAUCUCGCUGUCCACUCCGCCUCAGGAGCUGUUCGGCAACAGGCACGUGAACAGAAUGUGGACGGACGAGCUGUAUAAACUGUGCUUGAACCUCGUUCUAGCCCUGUUCCCUGAGAAAGAAGAAUUGAUCGUAGAAAUAGCGCGCGUUUACGGAUGCGCGGACGCAGAAGCCAAACGUUGGGUGCUAAGACAGUUAGAAGGGCCGUUAAGGACCGUGCUCAACCAGCCCGUCCCCUCCGACCCUAACGACAUCAACGACCCAAAACCCGGCCUGUUACGACCCGCUUUCGAAGCCUUACUGGAUGAAUGUCCGCGUGGCGCAGAAACUUUGCUGACCAAGCUGGUUCAUAUUCUGACGGAAAAAGGUCCCCCAAGCCCAGAGCUGGUUUCACGGGUGCGUGAGUUGUACGCGACGCGCGUAUCGGACGUGAGAUUCCUCGUACCUAUACUCAAUGGACUCUCCAAAAAGGAAAUAUUCGCCGCCUUACCAAAAUUGAUAAAACUAAAUCCACCUGUAGUGAAGGAAGUGUUCAACAAACUAUUGGGACUUCAAAGUAAUACUGACGAACAAUGCCCAGAAUUUUUCGUAUUUUAUAUUCCAGAUAGAGUUUUCACACCGGAAGAGCUGCUGGUGGCUCUACACCUGAUCGACCCGAGCAAGGCGGACCUCAAGUACAUCAUCAAGGCUACUGCACUGUGCUUCGCCGUCAAACACAUCUAUACACAGGACGUGCUAUCUGCCGUGCUGCAGAGGCUGGCCGAGGAGACGGAGAUCCCGGUGCUGAUGAUGCGGUCCGUGCUGCAAGCGCUCACGCUGUACCCUGCCCUCGGACCUUUGGCGCUUAACAUUCUACAACUGCUUAUUGAGAGAGAGGUAUGGAGCAACAAAGUGGCGUGGGAGGGGUGGGUGAAGUGCAGCGAGCGGCUCGGCACCAGCGCCGUGCCAGUGCUGGCAGCACUGCCGCCGCGCGCCUGCGCGCAGCUGCCGCCGCACCUCGCCGCGCUGUGCCCGCAGGCGCCAUCAUACACACAAAACGCUAUGGAGCCCGUACCUCCGGGGAUGGAAUGAUUUAUUAAUUAUAAUAAACUAGCUGAUGCCCGCGACUUCGUUCGCGCGGAUGUAGUUUUUUAAA